UGUAAGCUUCACGCUCGAGGAGUCUGUCGCGCCUGUCUGUUGGGCGGAUGUCUUGCUGUUUCUUGAAUUUGAUGUCAAACUUGUCAAGGUCGCACCUGCAGGAGAAGAGAAUGCUUACAAUCAGGAAAGAAGGCGACAAGGGCGGCGCGGUCCAUGCUGCAAGUCGGCGCCCAAAAACCAAGGCGCGAGUCAAACGUCAUCCACACUUCGACGCCCAAUGAUCUCCCACGACCAGCCCCCUUGAUUCUUCCCUCCUCCAAUCGCUCAGACACCAUGCAGAGGUCUUGUGCCUUGUUUCCUGGUCUGCGGAACAUCCCUCGACCCAAUCGUCGCCAGCUACUUGUCUGCAUGUCACUCACCCUGCGCUUGUCGACACUGAGACCGUACUCUACUCACGCUUGCAAACGCAGAAGCAUGUUGCCUCAAUCUCAUGUUUCUGUCACGUACGGCCACAGUCAGCUGAAAACUGGGCAUCCCGUCCGCUCUGCCAUACAUAAGCAGUUGAACGGCAGAUUAGUACUACGGUGGGUGACCACGUGGGAAUCCCUGCUGCUGUACGUUUUGUUUCCAUCUUUUGCAUCCAUGAAAUAUCAUUUUGGCGCAACCCGUGGAUCUUGAAGACGAAAAGACUGUCCACAAGCAAGAACGACGACACAUCCAUCAUUUAGCCGUGGAGACAACCGCUUCCUGCCUAUACUCUUUCCCCGCACAACAACUCAUCUCGUCCUGGCAUCAUCUGCUCCGUGCCUCGUCAUGAAGAACCAUCUGAGCAUCAUG